UCAGGUGUCUCGCCGGUCAGAUGCAGUCUGGCGGAGCCGCGUUUCCUCUCAGGAGUUUGACGUCCUUUUUCCCGGACCCACAGGUGCUAGGAGAAGGAACCUGGUGUGUGAGGAACUGGGUUGAACAUAAAAAUGAGUCCUGCAGAUGCACUAGAUGAUGAAAAUACAUUUAAAAUCUUGGUUGCAACGGAUAUUCAUCUUGGAUAUAUGGAGAAAGAUGCAGUCAGAGCAAAUGAUACAUUUGUAACGCUCGAUGAAAUUUUAAGACUUGCCCAGGAAAAUGAGGUGGAUUUUAUUUUGUUCGGUGGUGAUCUUUUUCAUGAAAAUAAGCCAUCAAGAAAAACAUUACAUACCUGCCUGGAGUUACUAAGAAAAUACUGCAUGGGUGAUCGCCCUGUGCAGUUUGAAAUUCUCAGUGAUCAGUCUGUCAAUUUUGGUUUUAGUAAGUUUCCAUGGGUGAACUACCAAGAUGGCAAUCUCAACAUUUCAAUUCCAGUGUUUAGUAUCCAUGGCAACCAUGAUGAUCCCACGGGGGCAGAUGCCCUCUGCGCCCUGGAUAUCUUAAGUUGUGCCGGGUUGAUAAAUCACUUUGGACGGUCGAUGUCUGUGGAGAAGAUAGACAUUAGCCCAGUUUUGCUUCAGAAAGGAAGCACCAAAAUUGCUUUAUAUGGUUUAGGCUCCAUUCCAGAUGAAAGGCUCUAUCGAAUGUUUGUCAAUAAAAAAGUAACUAUGUUGAGACCCAAAGAAGAUGAGAACUCUUGGUUUAACUUAUUUGUGAUUCAUCAGAACAGGAGUAAACACGGAAGCACUAACUUCAUUCCGGAGCAGUUUCUGGACGACUUCAUUGAUCUUGUUAUCUGGGGCCAUGAGCAUGAGUGUAAAAUCGCCCCAACCAAAAACGAGCAGCAGCUCUUCUACGUGUCCCAGCCUGGAAGUUCUGUGGUCACCUCCCUCUCCCCAGGGGAGGCUGUGAAGAAACAUGUCGGCUUGCUGCGCAUUAAGGGGAGGAAGAUGAAUAUGCAGAAAAUUCCUCUCCACACAGUGAGACAAUUUUUUAUGGAAGAUGUGGUUCUGGGUAAUCAUCCAGACCUUUUUAACCCAGAUAAUCCUAAAGUCAUUCAAGCCAUCCAGAGCUUCUGUUUGGAGAAGGUUGAAGAAAUGCUUGAGACUGCAGAACGGGAACGUCUAGGAAAUUCUCAGCAUCCCGAGAAGCCUCUUAUACGCCUGCGAGUGGACUACAGUGGAGGCUUUGAACCCUUCAACGUGCUCCGCUUUAGCCAGAAAUUUGUGGACCGGGUGGCUAAUCCGAAAGACAUUAUCCACUUCUUCAGGCACAGAGAACAGAAGGAGAAAACGGGAGAGGAGAUCAACUUUGGGAAAUUUAUUACAAGGUCUUAUUCAGAGGGAACCACACUGAGGGUGGAAGACCUUGUGAAACAGUAUUUUCAAACGGCAGAAAAGAACGUGCAGCUCUCACUUCUAACAGAGAGGGGGAUGGGUGAAGCCGUACAGGAGUUUGUGGACAAGGAGGAGAAAGAUGCCAUAGAAGAAUUGGUGAAAUACCAGUUGGAGAAAACACAGCGAUUUCUUAAAGAACGUCAUAUCGAUGCUAUAGAAGACAAAAUCGAUGAAGAGGUACGUUGUUUCAGAGAAAGCAGACGAAGAAAUGCUCAGGAAGAAGAUGAUGAAGUUCGAGAGGCUAUGAGCCGGGCCCGCGCCCACAGAUCUCAGUUGGAGAACUCUGCUUCUGCCUAUGGUGCUGAUGACUCCAUGAGUAUCGAUCUGACCGAAGAGAUGGCUGGUGACUCUGGUGACAGCGUCUCAGCAGCAGGCAGCAAAGGAAGAGCCCGGGGGCGAGGGCGAAGAGGGGCCAGAGGGCAGACCUCCUCCUGGAGAGGAGAGUCUCAGAGAAGAAGAGGUACUAGUCUUGAGUCUUUUACUCAAAGCAGAAGUUCAAAGGCCACUCCAUCAACGUCCUCGAGGAAUAUGUCAAUUCUAGAUGCCUUUAAAUCUACAAGACAGCAGCCCUCCCGAAAUGUUGGUACUAAGAAUUAUUCAGAGCUUCUACUACACUUGAGACACGCCGAAGGGUGA